AUGAACACCCAUAUCGACCCUACGAACAACCCGACCAACUUCCCGCUCUCCCUUAUCCCCGGACUCGGUAAUCAUGAUAUGGCUGACGAGUACCGCGCGAACCUUGACCCAGCCUCUGUGGAAUACCAGGUUCGAGUAGCCGGAUCCAAGCUCCAUAUAACGGCCUGGUCGUUAUAUGUAUCUACAUUGUGGUGUUUGAAGCUGUGCUUCGCAGUUUUUUACACCCGACUGACGGCUGGUCUUACACACAUGAGAAUUCGUGUCUACAUAGCUUAUGCGGCCAUCAGUGUGACGUAUGUUGCGGUCAUGGCGACCCUGCUUGGAUCCUGUCAACCGUUCAAUCAUUAUUGGCAGAUUCAUCCUAACCCAGGAAACCAAUGCACGCCAGCAAUUUCAACCGUGAACUGCUUAGUCGUUGUCGUUCUUGACGUAUUAACCGACAUCUACCUUCUCCAUAUCCCGCUCUUAAUGCUGUGGGACGCCAAGCUCUCCCGGCUGAAGAAGUUCUUUCUGAUUGUGCUCUUCAGUGGCGGCAUCUUUAUCAUUAUGGCUGGCAUAAUUCGGGUCCACUUCAUCCUCGCUCCCGGACGAAAAGGAGGUUUAGCCGCCGCGUACUGGGGUAAAUGUGAGAUUCUGGUCGCCUUCAUCAUCGGAAAUGUUCCCAUGAUCUAUGGUGGAUUCACAGUUUUGCUUCGGCAAUCUAAGGAUUCCAAGGUCUCGGCGAGAAUGAGAUUGAAGACCAAGGGCUGGUUAGGGGCAGAAAGAUUCACCAGUAUAUUCUCCUGGGCCGCCCGCACCAGGAGUCAUACAUGCCAUGAAAAAACCGCCAAGCCUCCGAUAUCUGUCGUCCUGGGUGCUACAGAAAGCAACGCUUCAGCGGUGAAGCAACACACGCGGUCAUCAACGCCAUGGGCUCAUCACGGAUCAGAGAAUCGUUUCGCCACCAAUAUCGACAAUAGCGAAACGCAACACGCUGAGAUGGACUCAGAAUUAGGCAUCCACGUCACGCGAGGCAUCCGGGUUGAAGUGGAAAGUUUGGAGAGCAGAGAAGGCAACCCGGACAGCAUGGGGACCAGCACCCAAAACAGUCGAACAGAUAGUGAGGCUCAGCUCGGUCAAUUUAUGCUCGACACUCCCUUUGGCAAGCCGGCUGCAGAAGACGUCGCUAAGCUCCCGUCGCAGGAGAAGCAAAGUCGGCGUGACCACCAAGGUCAACGACCUGGCACGUCUGACAAGCGGAAUGUUACAAAGUGGAUUUCCGAAGAUUCUUCUGGAGAAACAUGCGAGCGAAGUGAGUGGUUUUAA